ACAGUAAAUGUUAUUGUUUUCGGUUUCUUUCAUCACAAACGGAAAAUGGGAAGAUAUUCUUUAUAAUGCAAUCUGUGCAAAGUUUUAGCUCCGUUCUGUGAACUCCUGACAUUACAGAAAGAGGAAUCUGAUUGGCUCUUUGCUGUUGAAAGUUUGCAGUUAAAAAGGGAUGUGACAAAGCAAGCUCAGAGCAAGUUGAACAAUUGACAUCUGUGUGUCAGAUACUGAUUUUCCUCCUCAAUCCGAGCUGCUGUGAUGGAGCAUAUGGAGACUAACAGCAGAGAAACACUGCAGGCUGACUUUGAUACAUUUGAUAUUUCUGAAGAGCUUGGAUUUGUUCUUGAAGAGCCACUGACUCACCUUCCAGACUAUUAUCGGGUGUGGCUGGACCUGGCAAACAAUCUCACGCAUCUGAUAGAGUCACGUAAAUUGCGGGAUCUGGUUCAUAAUAUGCCGGUCUUGAGUCCUGAUCUUCUGAGCAACCACCGGGAGCUCAGGCUGGCUCACUUGACACUUGGAUUCAUCAGCAUGGGAUACGUAUGGCAGGAAGGACAACACGCACCCGCUCAGAUUCUCCCUAAAGCCCUGGCCUGGCCAUACUGGCUGGUAUCUCGCAGGCUCGGCCUUCCUCCCAUCUUGACGUAUGCAGAUUCAGUCUUAGCCAACUGGAAGUUAAGGGAUCCCACAGGGGAUAUGGAAAUUAGGAACAUGGACUUGAUAUUUUCCUUCCCUGGUGGGGAGAGUUGUCGGGGAUUUUUUCUUGUGUCAUUGCUGGUUGAGAUGGCUGCCAGUUCGGGCAUAGCGGGAGCCCUGGAGGUGAUGAACGCUAUGAAAAUCUGUGACCUCAUCAGCAUACAGAAAGGUCUCAUCAAAGUAACUCAAUCUUUGAAGAAGAUGAAGGAAACUUUCAAACUCAUGCACAAUCAUGUGGAGCCGACUGCAUUUCAUGGAACGCUGAGAAUUUUUGUUUCAGGAUGGAAAGACAAUCCGAUGCUUCCAAGAGGGCUCUUGUAUGAAGGUGUGAGCAGUGAGCCAAUUUUAUUAUCAGGUGGAAGUGCAGCCCAGAGUUCAGCCAUUCAGUGUUUUGACGCUUUGCUGUGCAUCCAGCAUGAGGAUGAGACAGGAGCCUUCCUGACACGCAUGAGGGAUUACAUGCCUCCUGCCCACCGUCAGCUGAUAGAGACUCUGUCUAUCUGUCCAUCUCUGCGAGACUUCAUCCUGUCCCACUCCAGCUCUGACCUCUGCCAGGCCUACAACUCCUGCGUCUCUGCGUUGGUGGAUUUACGGAGCUAUCAUCUCAACACUGUGACCAAGUACGUCAUUGUGGCCGGUAACCGUGCUCGGUCCAUGGGCUGUCCGCUCAGAGGCGUGGGCUCUGCGCUGAACAACACAGGGACCGGCGGAUCCAACAUCAUGGUCUUUCUCAAGAGCGUUCGUAACACAACCCAAAAAGCACUGAUUCUCGAGAGGCCAUCAACGUCAAGGGAAACUGAAACUCAGGCAUUAGCUUGUUGAAGUUGUGUCUAUGAAAUGCAAAGUAUCAAUAGAUAUGUCCACAGUGUUUCAAAUCAGAGGUACUAUGUGUUCUUAUUAGAUUUCAAGCUUGAAAAAUAUUUACCAAACACUUCAAUACCUCACUGUAUUGUAUUUAGUUUCACUCCAAGUUCGUCACAUUCUUUGUCAGGACUCCUUGGCGUUUUUUUGUAACGCUCUGAGUACCAUUUAGUGUCUUUUUUUUUCAACUUGAAGGGUAGCUUGAUAGACCUAUAAAAAUCUGGGAAUAUCAGAAAUAGAUUCCGUGAGACGUGGCCAGACGAUCUCUGCUGGUAUUGCUAUUGUCUGUCUUUUUCAGGCAAUGUGAUGUUUACCUUUAAAGGAUGUGGUUUAACCCAAGCCAUGAUCUUAUCCUAAACCUAAUCAAACAAAACUUAACCAAGCCGUGCAUGAAAACAAUGGUAAGCAGUGAGUAAAAAUGAGACUCAUGUCAUGAACUAAGUGGAAAAAUGGAACGUUAACUUAAAUCUCCGAGAUGAAAGUCUUGUGACUGACACCACCUUCAACCUCUUCAUGCAGUGCUUUUAAACUGGACAAUUCUUAUACGUCUGUUGGUGUUAAAUAUGAAUCCAAGUGGUACUGAAGGACAUCUUGUAUCUCUAAGACCUCAGUGAAUCUUACAAAACAGCAGUAUUUGAUGCCCUGGGAAUGAGGACGAGCUGGUAGCUGUUAGAGUGAGCCUUAACAACCAUGACCCUCAGAUAAAUCUUAAAGAGCAACCUAAAUCCAUCUCCCAGUGGUUUAACUUCUCUUUUUGUUGCAGUGAUGUAAAGGCGCACUCAAGGGUGUCGUCAGUUCACCACAACAUCCCGAUAAUGGGUGUGGUGAAAGAGAUUGUUUGAGCCAGAGAUGGCAGUGAAAUGCUGCUUUUUAGCCUGAAUUUACAGUCCUG